AUGGCCAUUACGCCUUCAGUAUUUCUAGCAUUCCGCCCCGCUUGGCAGAAACGACUGAAUCAACAGAUCACCCGCUGCUUCUCAGCUUCGGCGCAGCAAAGAGUGGACUUCACCCAUGCUGUUAUCGGUGGUAGUGCAGUAGGUCUAGCCAUCGCUCGACAGCUCACGCUUUCUCGGCCAGAUACCAGCACUAUCCUAAUCGAGCGUCAUGGUGCUAUAGGAACGGAGACAUCGUCUAGAAAUUCGGAAGUCAUCCAUGCCGGCCUGUACUACGGACACAACACUCUCAAGACCGAUCUCUGCUUGGCCGGGAAGUUCAAGCUCUAUGAUCUCUGUGACAAGCAAGGCAUUCCUUAUCGUCGCACAAAGAAAUGGAUUAUAGCUCAAGAUGAGCAGCAAAUGUCCGAGCUGGAAAAGGUUCACAAGUUCGCCAGCGAGGUCGGGUACGAUCAGGUUCCCACUAAGUUCCUUACGCGCGAUCAGAUAUCGGAAAGAGAGCCAGACGUCCGUGCUGAAGCUGGUGUACUUGAAUCCGAGAGUACAGGCAUAGUUGACUCACACAACUUCAUGCAGUUUCUCGAAGCUGAUUUCCUCGAUAAUGGCGGCACGGAUGUCCUUCACACGAGUGUGUCUCGCGUUGAGAGACUGCUGUCAGGUAAUUACAAAAUUUAUACGAAGACGAUGGAUCCGCUUUCCACUACAGGUUUCACACAGCCAACUGAGGAUGAAGACGCCAUCGAGGUUGAGACGCUUAUCAACUCAGCUGGUCUUGCAGCAAUACCUUUGUCAAACUCAAUUUUGCCGGAUCAUCGUCAGAUAAAACCAUAUUACGCCAAAGGUACCUACUUCUCCUAUGCAUCUUCUCAUCCAAAACCCAAAACGCUCCUCUAUCCUGCACCAGUACCUGGUCUUGGUGGUUUGGGCACUCACCUAACCCUUGAUAUGGCCGGGCGCGUUCGUUUUGGACCUGACGUGGAAUGGAUUGACUCCCCAGACGCACCUGGAGCUCUGAGCCCGAACCCAAACCAGCUGAAAGAAGCACUUGACAUGAUCGCUACAUAUCUGCCCAGCGUUGACAGAUCUGCGGUCGACCUAGACUAUUGUGGUAUACGACCGAAACUUGGCAAGACAAGUGGUACAGCUGGUCCAACUUUUGCUGACUUCUAUAUCAAGGAGGAGAAGGACGAUGGCUUUCCUGGGUUCGUCAAUCUGCUGGGUAUCGAGUCUCCUGGGUUGACAUCAAGUCUGGCGAUCGCUGAGUAUGUCGAGAACUUGUUGUAUGGCAGCCAAACAGGACAAGGCAGGAACGUCGACGUCGAUGAAGCUAAAUCAAGGGGGAGAAAGGGACAGAAGAAUUUCGACUUUCAUCACUAA